CAAAUUUCUUGUGCAUAGUAAAGGUUGCGGAGUCAUGUUGCACUGUAAUAACUGCAGAAAUGAGUUGAAAAACUAUUGUCAGAAGCUAACAUGGGCUUAAACAACAAGAAUUUGAAGCGUAAAUAGCAAAAAUGAGUUCCUACUACGGAAUUGGGUUGAUGUCGGGAUCUUCUUUAGACGGACUGGAUAUUUGUUAUGCUGAAUAUAUGGGCGAUAAAGACAGCGAUAUAUGGAGUUAUCGAUUCUUAAACACCGAAACAAUUCCCUACGACGAAGAAUGGUACACGAAGCUGGUUGAGUGUCCAAAUUAUAGUGGUGCCGAUCUUGUGAAGCUAGAUCGGGAUUACGGUCACUUCAUCGGCAAAACCGUCAAGGAUUUUAUUGCAAGAACCGAUAUUGAAAAAUUGGAUUUUGUAGCAUCGCAUGGACAUACCGUAUUUCACCAACCUGAGCAUGGGUUCACUUACCAAAUCGGCGAGGGCGAAACGAUAUCAUCACAUCUGACUUGCCCCGUCGUGACAAACUUCCGAGAUAAAGAUGUCGCUCUUGGAGGCCAAGGGGCUCCCCUAGUACCCGCAGGAGAACAGUAUUUAUUCACCGACUAUUCAAUGUGUUUAAAUCUAGGUGGAAUUGCAAACAUAUCGGUCGGUGGAAAAGCGUUUGAUGUAUCGCCAUGCAAUAUGCUGCUCAAUCACCUAGCCAACAGAUACAACAAAACGUAUACAUUUGAUUCCGAUGGAAAAAUAGCAGAGAGUGGUAACAUCAUUGACGAUGUCUUGCAGCAAUUGAAUAGCAUUCAUUUUUAUGAAGAACUGCCCCCGAAAAGUCUUGGCAGGGAAUGGUUCGAGACUAAUAUUGUGCCCGUUAUUUCGAAGGGACACUCACCCGCGGAUCUUCUUGCAACGUCAGUUGAACACAUUAGUGAACAAAUUGCACGAGCAGCAACUGAGUAUAUCCAUGGUCCUAUCCUUACCUUAAAUCCACCACACGCAAAUCACAACGUAAGCCUGAAUAACAGUAGCAGUGACUCUAUUAUGAGGAAGAGCAUCUUGAUCACAGGAGGUGGUGCAAAAAAUAAAUUCCUUAUGAAAAACAUUGCUGAUAAACUGCAAAAGAAUGACAUUGACAUCGCAGAGUGUGAUGACGAAUUAAUUGAUUUCAAGGAGGCUAUGGUGUUCGGUUUCCUUG